CCCCUUCAACUUGCACUUUUGCCCAUGGGUCGCCGUUUCUAGCUGACCUCGGCAAAUGUUGCUCCGUUUUUCAUUAACCAAAAAACUGUAAAGUUCGAAACGUAGCAUAAAAAUUGGCAGCGAUAUGCAUUGGAAGUGGGUCGAUCGAACGCUGAUCCACUUUCCGGAAGCCUUCAUAAGCCCAGCGAGCAGCCGGCGAUGGCUUCAGUUGCCGUUUACCAUUCGCCGUGUGUACCGUACCGUGUUGGAAGUCGUCGUCGUGGAUAUCAGAUUCGAUUUGGCUGCUUGUUUUGUGCUUUUUGUGAAUUUUUUUGUUUGAGUGCACUGUAAUUCGAGGCUCCUUGUUGGGAAGCUAAUUAAACAAAGUGAAGAACAUCGAAAAAUAAAGCAAAAUUGCAUGUAAAACUUGCAACUGAGCUUCCAAAAUGUAUAGAGCAUAAGUGAUUGUGCCGCAAACACCACAAAAAUAAUAAUUAAUAAUUAAAAUGAGUUACAACAUAGAUGGUACGUGGAAUACAUAUUAGGUUUUAAGCAAGAAUAUUACUCUAAAUUAUGUUAAACUCUACCAUAAGUUAUUCCAUUUGAAGUUCCAAUUUUGGUUCGCUUUUUUUGCAUCAGCGUUUUUAUUGAAAUCAAAAUUAUUGCGAAAUUGCUGAGCAGCCCAGAAAUGGCUAAUCAAAAUAAAGUUCCAAAAAAGAAGCAAAGAAUUGGCCGAGAAUGUUUAAUCAUGUUAAAAAAGUAAAACGAAUGUUCACAGCACUUUUAAGGGAAUAGUUCAGUUUAAGUAAUUUAGUUCAAAUAAGCGCAGAGAUUAAUGUAUUUUAUUUGUGAUAAUUACGAUUAUAAUUCGGAGAAAAUGAAAUUCUUAGAGUUGGAGGCUACCAGGCUGCUGCGUAAACCGCGUCACUGCUGUAGUCGUACGCCCAACAGACGCAUCCUGGCCAUCAUCGUGCUGCUGAUCCUGACGCUGUGCUUCUUGCUGAUCUACCAUGGCUUCGUGGUGGAGAAAAUGGAGCGCGGUCAGCAAAUUGCCGCUUUGAAUGAGAAGCAUCGACAGCCCAAGGAGCCCUUCGAUGAGGUUCAGGAUGUUCUGAUCGUCAGCCCACAGACAUUGCACGUGAAGCUUGAAGAUCGGGAGAGUCGCUUGAACAAAUUGCGUUGGAAGUUUCGAUUGAACAAUCGACGCCGCUCACCGCGUGAUCUCUUCCGAAGAGAUCUACUUGAUCCCCUACAGGUGGAGGCGCACAUGCAGCACAUCUACUCGAAGCUGAGGAGCAAGCGAGCCCGCGAGGCGCUCAGUUUGCUGGAGAGCGAGUAUGUGCGCUGCAAGAAGCAAACGCCACACGACUGCAUGUCCGCCUUUGUGCGGAUGUACAACAUGGCCAAGGAAAUCACCGAAAAAAUGGAGAAAAUGAAGGCCAUCAUGAGGGAACAGCAGCCCCAGCUGGAGUCUGGCAGCAUGGAGUCGAAUGAAACCCGGGAGAAGACACAAGAGACGACAGCUGGACCCACGACAAGCGCAGCGAAUGUCACAGAGGAGACGUAUACGCAGAAGCCAGUUCGUUCCAAAAUAAAGCCAGCGAGAAUCAGCUGGAUCAUCGAUGGCCAUGACCACGACGACAGUGCGGUCUAUACGGACAAUACGCCAAAGACAUUGACCACCAAAGAGCCAAUGAACACCACAACUGUGCCGCUGGUGGAGACAACAACCCAGCAGGCAAUGGCUGGGGAGACGACUGCACCAAGUGUGGGAACCUCUGUGGAGACCACAACGGAGCAAAUCAGUUGGAUCUUGGACCGCUUUGACAAGCCCAAGGAGAUUGUGCACACCACAGAGGGGCCCAAGCAGCGAACCACCAGAGAGCUGACUACCACAGCAGCCACAAUGAACGCUGGGCAGGAGCCCACCUCGGAGAAUGUUGUGUGGGAGAGAAAUCUGACAACAGAUGCACCCGAAGCUCUGUCCACGACCACUGCAGCAGCAGCAACAUCACACACUGAGACACUGCCCCGGAAGCUGCAGUUUGAUUGGAUCAUUGAUGGCGAGGAAGUUGUUGAACCAGAGCCAGAGUUGGGUAACUCUAGCACCACCACAACCACCACCACACAAGCGACUGUUAGCACAACCGAAGCUAGCGAUAGGCAGAACUUUACGGCAUAUCCGACCAAGCCAAAGCCCGUGAAGAUAAGCUGGAUCAUUGACAGCGAUGUGAUCAGCGCAGAAGUGAGCAGCACGACCACACAACCAAAGCUAACGACCACAACGGAGAUGUCCAGCAGCAGCAGCACAACUACAGCCAGAACCACCACUAAGACAGGUUCGCGCAUUCCUCUGCAUCCACUGGACAAUCCCAGCAGCAUUGAGAACAUGCUCGAGAGCUUUGAGCGGCAUGAACAGGAUAAGCCUAUCCUAAAGGUGCUCCCCAGCAACGAAUCUGUGGAGGAAACAGCGACACUGCUUUACGAGCGCCAGCACUGGCUGAAAGAGUUCGAGAAGCAGGCCAUGGAAGCGAAGGAUGAGCUGAUAGACACCUUCGGCACGGCGCUGGAUGCCAAAGUGUUGGAAAAAAUGGGACCCAAAAUCAAUCCACUCAAUGGACAUCUUCUGAAUGCUGCGGAUGCACAACUGAUGACGCUUUGCGAGCGAAUGCGUAACAAAGUGGCUGCCAUGUCGGAUGUCGCAGAGACCAAGCAAAUGGGAGAGACGUUCACGGCGUCGCCCAGUGUGCAGUUCACCAGCCGAGCGCCCGGCGGAUUCCCUGUUUCUGGAGAGACCAUGAAGGCCUCGGCGCAGUUCAUGUUCAACCCGAAUCUCGGCAUGCCCAGCAUUCCCGUUUGCUUCUACAUGACGCCAGCCAACUUCCGCAUGCCCAUGUGGUCGGCCGCACCCACAUUUAUGGGCAUGCAGGGAGCACACUUUGGUGGACCAUCCAACAAUGGUGGCGGAGGUGGCGUGUUCUUUGUGCCCCAGCAGUUCGGACCGAGCGGCAACUUCUUUGGUGGCAGCGGCGGCUCCGGAGCAGGUGGACAGGGCGCCAAUAUCUUCUCGAAGAAUGCUUCACCACAGAAAAUGACAAAUGCCCAGCAGCAGGUCUACUGCAGCUACAUGCAGAACCAGUCGGGACAGGGACUGCAGCAGGGACUCAACCAGCAGCAAGGACUCAACCAUCAGCAAGGACUCAACCAGCAGCAGGGUGUCGGCCAGUCGCCCUUCUCCAAUGCCAACUUCAAGAUGCGCCACGAUGCCAAUCAGACUAGCGCGGUCCAACAUCAGGGACAGAUUAUCUACGCCAGUUAUGCGGGACUCCCGCAGCAGCCAAUGGAGCGCUCGCAGUGCUCGGAACCGGAUCAGGUGUCGUGCUAUGGCGGCCAUGAGUGCAUUCCAGCCUCCCAGUGGUGCGACAACCGUGUGGACUGCAAGGAUGGCAGCGAUGAGUCUGCCUGCACCUGUGGCGACCGACUGGACGAGGAGCGGCUGUGCGAUGGCUAUCAGGACUGCCCCAUGGGCGAGGAUGAGCUGGGCUGCUUUGGCUGCGAGGCGCUGGCCUUCUCCUGCUACGAGAAUCAAGAGGAAUAUGCUCGCCACAAUCGCUCCACGAUAGCCAUGUGCUACAGCCGCCUGGAGCGUUGCGAUGGCUUCCUCAAUUGCCUGAAUGGUCGCGAUGAGCAGCAGUGCAGCAUGCUGGUCACAGAUGUCACACAUCAUAUGUCACACGCUGCCUCUGCCUCGGAGGGUUAUCUGUAUCACAAUCAUCGCGGCGAUUGGCAUCCCGUGUGCAACAAUGGCGAAAAGUGGGCCAACGCUGCCUGCGAACAAGAUGCAAAGAUGGAGGGAGCUGUGCCCGAGCUCACCUUUAAACCGCUGAUACUGCCAGGUCCCUUUAUUGAGCCUUCGCUGCACGCGGGCAUACACUUUGCCCAGGCCUGUCAUGGACGCAACAACGCAGACUCCCUAGUGGAUCAUGUGGCCUAUGUCCAGUGCCCGCCGACGCAGUGUGGAGUGCCCAAGAAUACGACCAAAAUGGAGCACUCGAAGCGCGUGAAGAGAGCAGUGGCAAAGGAAACUAUCGGCGAGGGACGCAUUGUGGGUGGCGGCUACACGAGUGCCCUUCAGUGGCCCUUUGUGGUGGCCAUCUAUCGUGAUGGAAAGUUCCAUUGCGGUGGCACCAUCUACUCGGAUCGUUGGAUCAUUAGUGCCGCUCAUUGUGUCAUUAAAUAUGCCAAAUAUUACUACGAGGUGCGUGCUGGUCUGUUGCGUCGCUCCAGCUACUCUCCUGCCACCCAGAUCCAGCCAGUGUCCCAUGUAGUCGUACAUCAGGCCUACGAAAGGCGCAGCAUGCGCAACGAUCUGUCGCUGCUGCGUCUAGCCAAUCCGCUGCACUUUAAUCGCUGGGUGAAGCCCAUCUGUCUGCCUGAUCAGGGAAGGACAACCUUCGGCGACGAUUGGAUAUGGGGCCCCGAGGAGCACACCCUCUGCACGGUGGUAGGAUGGGGUGCCAUCAGAGAGAAGGGUCCAAGUAGUGAUCCGCUGCGACAGGUGACGGUGCCCAUACGCAAGCGCUGCACGGAUCCAGAGGAUCAGGCGUCUGAGGAUAUUUGUGCUGGCGAUCCUAAUGGUGGCCGGGAUGCCUGUCAAGGCGAUUCUGGUGGUCCACUCUUCUGCCGCAGCGUCACCCAACCGGAGCAGUUCUAUCUCGCUGGAGUGGUGAGCCAUGGAAAUGGCUGUGCGCGUCCCCAGGAGUUUGGCGUCUACACGAGGGUGGCCUUGUACCUGGACUGGCUCGAGAUGGCGGUGUCACCUCGCCUGCUGCCUGCACGCAAACCGAUGCAGCUGUGUCCGGGAUUCAUGUGCGUGUGGGGUGGCAAGCGGUGCAUAGCCAAGCGACAGCGCUGCGAUCGGAAUGUCGAUUGUUUGGGUGGUGAGGAUGAAGUCGGUUGUGUCUAUAACUUUAUACCCGAUAUGGUGGGAGGCACACAACAGAAUGUAAGCACCACAACGGAGAGUGAUUAUCAUCCGCUGAAGGAGCAUGAAGAGGAUAGCAAACAGCGUCAGGAUAUUGCUAUAGAAGAUGCUGAAUUGCUGGCAGAACAAGAUGAGGCUGAAGCGUGGCAAAGCACAACUUUCCAAAGUGAAAAUGAAAUUGAUUCCACGCUGUCUGUGGAUGUAACGACCACUCCAUCAGGGGAUUUGUCCGAAAGAAUAGAAACCACAACAAAAAUGGACUCAACAACGACAGCGGCAGCCACAACAAUAGAAACAACAACGAUUACGUCAACAACAACAAUUGCUCAAACCACAACAAUGCCUACCUCAACAGAGGAUUUCAAGAAGCUCACCGAUUUGGUUACGCAAUUGCUGGAGGAGAGCACAACAAUGAUGAGCAGCACCUUGUCUGCAGUCACAACAGAUGCGCCUACAACAACAAUCACAACGGAGGGAACCAAGGAAACUACAUCCACGGAAGUCACAACUACGACAACUACACCCAGCAGCAGUAGUUCUACUCCCGCUACCACAACUACCAAGUUUACGACUGCCAGGCCCACUACAACUACGCCCAACAGUAGCUCUACUCCUUCUAUCACAACGACUAAGCUCACGACUGCCAGGCCCACAGCAACCACAACCUUAGCGCCAACUACAAGUACCCCUCAACACACAGCGACCAUUAAAACGGAGAUACCCAAUAAAUUUGUAUGCAAAAAAAUGUCUCAGAUUGUGCAGCUGCAGAUGCGCUGUGAUCGGAAGGUGGACUGCGAGGAUGGCACGGAUGAGCUGGAGUGCAGCUGUCGGGACUACAUGAAGGGCAGUCUGCGUGCACUCAUAUGCGAUGGCAAAGCGGAUUGCGAGGAUCUAACCGAUGAACAGGAUUGCGUUGGCUGUCAAGCAAAUGAGUUCCGCUGCCCGUUGUCCAAGACCUGCGUGCCACUGGCGAAGCGCUGUGACAACUCCGUGGACUGUCAGUUCAAGGAGGACGAAAAGGAUUGCUUUGCCCUGACGAAUGGCCAAGAUGUGCACUUUGAUAUCCAUCAGCAGCCGCAGUUUAGCAGCGCUGGAAUCUUCUCCAGAAACGCACAUGGCGUCUGGCGUGUUGUGUGCGCCCAUGAGACGGGCUACCAUGAGCACCAGGCCAACACGGCGGAUGCAGUGUGCGCGCUGCUUGGCUUCAAGGGAGCCCACUACUUCAAUAGCUCGGAGUUUGUAAGCCAGCGGGAUGUUCAUUCCAUUACACCAGAGCUGAAGGGAAAGACUCAGCUGGUUGUGGAGCUCCGUUCCAUGGACAAUGACAACGACCAGCUGUCGGACAACGAGGAGGCAAUGCCAGUGCAGGGCCUGCCUUUGCCCACGAGACCGGAGAAGGACCGCCUGCUGUCAAGCAUGUGUCUGGGCAUCUAUGUAGAGUGCAAUCCCCUCUCCAACAAGACAACGCCCCUGAAAACGCUGAGUGCGGGGCAGGCGGUCAAGCAAAAGCCUGCGGAGGAGAUGCCAAUCCUCAAGCCCACCAUUGAGACGCACAACCGACCCAAUGUCCACUUCAAGCCGCAAGAGCCAGCCACUAUGAUUGUCAACAAAAAGGACGAAGUACUCGACCGUUUAGAUAACCUAAUCAAGAGCAAGAAGAACAGGACGCUGCUAGUAAACGAGCAGCUGCACGAGGCCAUCGAGGAUCUGCACUGGCCCUGGCUGGCCGAUGUCUAUGCCAAUGGGGAGCUCUGGUGCAUCGGUGUGCUAAUCGACAAGCACUGGCUGCUGGUACACGAGAGCUGUCUCUCGGGCAUAAGCCUCGAGACGCACUAUGUUAGCGCACUGCUGGGCGGUGGCAAAAACAAACGCUCCCUCCACAGAAGCAAUCACGAGCAAAUUCGUCGCGUGGACUGCUUUGAAGCAGUACCCAAGUCCAAUGUUCUGCUGUUUCAUUUGGAGAAACCUGCACGCUUUAGCCAUCAUGUGCUGCCCACAUUCCUGCCCGACAGUACUCCCCAUAAUCACACUGCUGUUCAGGAUUGCAUUAGCGUGCUGCACGACGAGAGUUCCGGGCGAAUUAAAACGGUUGCCAUUACACAGAUCAUGAAUAACCCGAAGUGUUCGUCGUGCUAUAAGCUGCAGGAGAAGCAGCCGCCUGUGAAUCUCAUGCGCUUGCUGAAUGUCAGUGCAGAGGAUAUGGCCUCCAUUUCGGAGGAGGUGGAGCUUAUCAAUGGUGCAGCCGCAACGGAACUCCCAGCCAUCACAAAGUUCACCAGUUGCCAUCAGUUUGGGCUAAAGAACCUCAGUGACACGCACCACAAUCCCAUUGAUCAGGGAGUGCUUGUCUGUCGCGACUCGCACUCGGGCUGGUUCCCCUCGGCUCUGUUUAGCUACAACAACUCCGAUUGCCAGAGCUUCAAGCAACCAUUCGGCAUUGAGACAUUGGAGCGGGCCUACAAAUCACUGCAGGACAUUAUAGAUCAACCCAGCUGUAAAAAUCCACAAGCACCUCCCGACUGCAGCACUCAUCGCUGCCCGCUGGGUAUUUGUCUGCCCCAAUCGGCGAUUUGCAAUGACAGAGCCGAUUGUCAUGACGGAAGCGAUGAGCAGGAGGCCAAAUGUCGAAAGCUGAAGCAGAGAUGUGCCCCGGGAGAGAUGAAGUGUCGCUCUAGUUUCAAGUGUUUGCCCAAGAACAAGUUCUGUGAUCAUGUGCCAGACUGUGAGGACAUGACCGAUGAGCCGACCAUCUGCAGUUGCUUUACCUAUCUACAAGCCACGGAUCCCGCCAAGAUAUGCGAUGGAAAACGAAACUGUUGGGACAAGAGCGAUGAGAGUUCUGUGCUUUGCAAUUGCACGUCGGAUCACUUUCAAUGUAGUUCUUCCCCGGAGGAUUGUAUUCCACGCGAUUUUGUGUGCGACAAAGAGCCCGACUGCCCCAAUGGCGAGGAUGAGCGAUACUGCUUUGGCAUAGAGCAUCCAUUGCACCAGCAAAAGAAGGAUUUCUUUGCCCACAACCAAUACAACACUAAGGUGAUUGCCCCACAGUAUGGACAAGUGAUUGAGCAAACCUAUGGCAUCUGGCACACCAAGUGCUUCCCGAAGAGUGCUCCGCCCAACAUGGAUGAAGUGCGAGAGAUAUGCAAGAAGCUGGGCUACAAUCCCUACCGGCAGCCCAGCUAUCGUCUGAUUGAUGACGAGGAGAACAAGGCCGUGCAAACGUAUGAGCUGUUGGACCAGCGAGGGCGCAUGUUCAGCAAUGACUCGCUGGUGGGCAAAUACCGUGACCCCACCAAGGCGCUGAUUGUCAGCAAAUUCUCGCCGCUGCAGCUCAACGAACGGCUGACUCUGUUCCUCAAGUCAAGCAGGCCCAUUGCGGAGCUGGUCAGGUGGAAUGCAACCGACUCUGAUCGGUGCUACAGGCUGGAGAUUCGAUGCGCCUGAAGAAGCUGUCCCUAGCCCCCUCUCUGUCAAGUGCCUUCCUCUAAAAUCUCUCCAUUAUCCUUUGUACGUUUUAGUAGCAAAUAAAUGCGAGAGCAAUCAUUUAAUUUAAAA